GGGCUGGACCAGUGUUUCGAUUCGUUAUAGGUGGGCACACAGGUGAUCUACCGUUGUACCGAAACUGAGUUCUUCGGGAGGAAUGUUACAUUUUAUCUGUUUUAUAUCAAGAAGAAUAUAGAAAUUUGGUUAGUGAAAUCUUUUUGAGUCUUAGUUGGAUUCCACUAGGAUUGUGGCGGUGAGAUAUCUUCCGUUUUUUCGAGGAAACCUGGUUGCCAUUGUGUGUUCUUGUAAACAGCGGCACUGUGGAUAUAUCCGAAAAAUUGAAACGAAAACGAUGACGUUAAAAUCCAAAUUAAUGGCUGUUUUUCUCUUCGUUGCAGUCGCUGGUGUAACGACUGCGCACGCACAAGAAUGUGGCCGACCACCGGUCAUUGAGAACAGGAUUGUAGGAGGGUCUAACGCCGAGGAUGGGGCCUGGCCCUGGCAAGUGGAUAUACAGACUGUUGCUGAGGGACACGUCUGUGGAGGUUCCAUCAUCACUGAGAACUGGGUCUUGUCAGCUGCUCACUGUUUUCCCAAUCCAUCGGCGUUGGACUCUAUUACCAUCUAUGCUGGUAGGUACCAGUUGAAUGGCUUUAACCAGCACCAGACAAUGCAUCGUGUAUUGCAGGUGGUGAUCCCAUCUGGAUACACUGAACCCCACCAAGGCAAGGAUGUGGCUCUGGUGCAGCUGAAUCCCCCAUUAAGAUGGUCAGAUCACAUCCAACCUGUGUGCUUACCUGCAUCCAGUGCACUGUUCCCUAGUGAAAUGAUAUGCUCAGUUACCGGCUGGGGACACAUUCGUCAAGAUGUCCCUCUGCCAGGUAUCGGGACUUUGCAGGAAGUCCAAGUUCCACUUAUUUCCCAGGAUAGGUGUAGGAACAUGUAUCAGACAAACCCAGCGGAGCAGGUGGACAUCCUGUCUGACAUGAUCUGUGCUGGUUUCCAAGAGGGAGGCAAGGAUUCCUGUCAGGGUGAUUCAGGAGGGCCUCUCGUGUGCCAGAUGAUAAAUGGAACUUGGGUGCAGGCUGGAGUGGUAAGCUUUGGACAAGGUUGUGCUCAGAAAAACCAGCCCGGUGUAUAUACCAGAGUGACCAGUUAUACCACCUUCAUCAGCAACACAAUACCAGAGAUCAAGCUGUAUGGGAAAGCCAAUCCAUCUUGGUUUGGAGGCACUGCUGCUGUUUUUGGGGUUAACUGUCUAUCCACUCUACUCAUCCUGCUGGAGAUAUAAUUGACAGACAGAUUAAAGUUUCUAAAAAGUUGAAUGUGAACCAAGUCAGAUGAAUAUAGAAGGUUGUUGGGAAUUCGAUGUGUUAAAGAGUCAGAUCAGGAUUAGAUCUUGUACAUUGUACACUAUAAUGCCAGAAGAAUUCAGUCACCCAUCCAAAAGUUAAAGCUGCUCUUAAGGUAUGGAUUAGGAAAGGGAUUUAAUUUAAGUUCAUAUGGGAGUCAAGGCAGGCGAGUGAAUAUUCUAGGCAAUCUAAUGUGUGCAGUACUAGUCAAAGAUGACAUAACUUUUUUAGAAAUGGCUUUAAGGGUGGAAACUGAGUGUAAUGGUAAUCUCUACGCAACAAAGUCACGUAUUAAUAAGAGUGUUAGUACAUCAUACAAGCACAUAAUGUUAAGGAAUAGUUCAGAAUCAUAAGAAGUUAAUGUAAAAUGUGCAAAAGUACAAAGUUGAUCAUUUAUAUUAGCACUGAUUGGAAAUGUUUGUUUUUUUUAAUAAAUAACAAUAAU